AUGGCGGAGAACUCGGGCAAUGGCAGACCAGUCUCCAGUGUAUCUGUCGUCGAGUACUCAAGGCCGAGCUUCCUCAAUUUCCUGGACAGGGCGCAGUGGGGAUAUGCCUUAUUCGAUGCUGGUUGCUGGGGAUAUGCCUCCGUUACCAUCUCUACAUUAGCUCCCAUCAUCUUCGUUCGUCGAGUGAGGGAGUCCACCCCUGGAAGCACAAGUGGUGAAGGAAUGAUGCCCAUGGGAGCGUCGUCGUUGAUAUCCAACGCGGGAAAAGUGCUGUCGUUCGAUCCGAGGAACCUGACGGAGAUCGAGGAGGUUGAAGAGGAAGUGAUGAGCUCUUUGAAACUCGGGGACGCUUCUGGAAGUUGGGUUUUCAUGGUGGCGAUUUCUACGUUGAUUGCCGGAAUUCUUUGCCCGAUUCUAGGAGCACUCGCCGAUCGGUACUCGGCCAGGAAGCUAAUUACCUACACUACAUCCGCCCUCUCUAUCGUUUUUUUGACUAUGUUUGCCUUUGAAUCUCGAAGCUCUGACGCGCGAGAGAUUCUCUUGGUCAUUGGCAUUGCAAUGACGUUGACGUCAAUCAUGCAUUGCUUCUACAACAGUCUGAUCAUGUUCCUCUCGGGCAGAGAGGACAUGGUGAAAGUUGCUUGCUUCCAAUGUUUCAUCGGCAAUGUGGGGAGUGCAAUCUUGAUGGUUGCCUUGGGUAUGUCAGACAUGGAGAAGCGGGAGUUGAGUAGGGACUACAUCAUCUUCUGCUUCGUUGUAAGUGCGAUAUGGUUUGUCCUUCUGGCCAUCCCCAUGUGGAUUUGGCUGAAAGAAGAAGACGACGAUACUUACCUCGCGGGCACUUCACUUGCGGAUUCGUUGGUGCUCUCAUGGAAAGAGACGCUUAUCACGCUUCAAAACAUUGAGAUGAUGAAGUUUUUGGUGGGCCUCAUGCUCUUCAACGAUGCAAACUCAACUCUGCAUGCUGUUUAUCUUGUGUACGGAGCACAGAUUGGGCUGCCCGUGCAUGCGCUUGUGCUCGGGGCUGUCUUCUACAAGGUUCUUGGUGCUGUAGCAGCCCUUGCUUGGCUUGGGCUGGCGCAGUACGCUGAGGCCAAGAUCUGCUUCAUGGCGUGUAUCGUCCUUACCAUCAUCUCGAUCAUCAUGUGCGCCUGGAUGACGAAUGUGGCGGACUUCUUCUUCGUCAUUAUCAGCAUGACCACGGCGGGAUCAGGAGCCUUCAUCUUCAGCAAGGUGUUGAUGGGGUCGCUCACCCCCAAGGAGAAGGCUUCCCACAACUUUGGGUUCAUGGGGAUGAUGAAUCGCGUCGCUGGUUUCUUCGGGCCGUUGCUCUUUGCGACUCUGACGUUCGCGUACGAUGAGAAGGCAGGGUUCAUCGGGCUGGUUGUCAUGGCCAUCGCAGGGCUCUUCGUCCUCUCGUACGUGGACUUCGAGAAAGGUCUGCAGUAUGCAGAAGGGUACCAUUACAGCCAUGAGGAAGAGGAGAAAGUAGUCUAG